CUCAACCACAUGAACGGCGGCAACCUCCGCGCCAACGGGAGGUACCGCCGCUGGAACAACGGCGUCAGCGUCGACCACAUCGACGACAUCAACAAUAUCAGCACGAUGAUGCACUGGGUCGUGGAGGUCAUCCCCGCCAGGGAGAUCAUGCCUCGCCUUCCACGUCCGUCUCCGCUUCCCAACCUCGUGAUGCGGCCGCGGAUGAUCAUGUACGUGUGGCCGAACAUCCACGGGGGCCUCAUCACCCACGGCACGUUCGUGUUCGGGGGGAGGUCCGUGCUCCGCCUGAGGAGCGAGCUGGCUAGGCGGCUGGGCGACCUCGCAAUCAUGGACUUGGAGGUCGCCGACCUCGUCAUGUGCUUGCCCACGCAUGAUGGCCAGCUUAUUCCACUGGUAGUCGAUCUGCCCCGCAGGGGCGAGACCCUCCACAUCGUCGUCGUCAUCGUCGGGUCGCCUGCCUACAUGGCGCUGCAGUACGCAGAUGUCGAUGCAUAGCAGAGAGAUACCAGAGCCAGGACACCUAGAAGUCUCCUUCAUGUCCACCUCGCCGGAAGUGUCACCACGGCAUUAGAACU